AUGCAGCAGCAACAGAUGCAGCAGCAGAUGCAGCAGCAGCAGAUGCAACAGCAGCAGCAGAUGCAGCAGCAGCAGGCCGCGGUCCCGUGCGACGUGGGCGACCCUGCCGCUGCACCCUGCCCCGCGGACUUUCAGGCCCCGCCUCCCACACCCGGCGGCACACCCGCCACGGAAGCUGCGGCCCCACCCCAGCACCAGCACGUGGAGGCGGUGUACAACGCGCAGCCCGUUCCGGAAGCUCACUACUUUGAACAUCAACCGUACGUGCCACCGGAACAGAUGCAAGCGCAGAUGCCAAGUCAGAUGCAAACGCAGAUGGCGGGCCACAUGGCGGCGCCGGUGCAAGGGCAGCUGUCUAUGCAAGGGCAGAUGCCUGCGCAAGGGCAAGCCCCGAUGGGGGGACAGAUGGCAGAACAGGCGCCGGCGCAGAUGCAGGGCCAGAUGGCUGCGCCCGUGCACGGCCACAUGCCCGCUCAAAUGCAAGGCCAGGUGGCGGCACAGAUGCAGGGCCAAGCAACCAUGCCGAUGCAAGGCCAGCUACCGAUGCACAAGCAACCACCCAUAGCUCCGCAGACGCCGCAGCAGAUACAGGCUCAGCUGGUCGAGCCGGAGGCGGCGGCGGCGGAGUCGGCGGCGGCUGCGGCCGACGCGCUUCGGCCAUGCGGCUACGCGGCGUCAGGUGCCCCGGCACCGCCGCCCCGUAGCCCUGCCCGCACGCCGCGCACGCCGCGGGCAUCGUCCCGCACGGUGCCCCACGCCCCGCACCCCCCGCGAGCGCCACGGCGCGUACCG